AUGUUUACUUCUGAAAUUGAACUAUUUUAUAAUUAUAAAGAUGACAAAGAGUCUCAACUAACAUUUCAACUAAUGAUAUAUAGUGGAACUUGGCCUCAAAUAACAGAUGAAACUCCACUUUGUUUUAGUAAUCUAAUGCAAAGAUGUUGGGAUCCUAAACCUGAAAAGAGACCUACUUCGUCUGAAAUUUAUGAUGAAAU